CCAGAUUCCACGGAAGUGAAUAUCCUGGACGACAGCUGGGCCUUGUCCUUUUGGUACCGUGUCUUUUUUUGUCCUGGAGGACUGAUUGGAUCUCACAAAAAAUCAGCAUGCAUUGUAUUGAUGUCAGCAGGUGAGUGUACCCGUAUUUUCGACUGACUGACCGACCAGCAAGUUUUGCCGAAACAACAGCAGCCGUCAGCCGAAGGAACCAAGCAACUGAGAGCUCCUCCCACCCGAUUCGUCUCUGUGACUCUUUUGCUUCUUGCCGAGGAAACGCAAUCUGCCCGCCUGGAACAUCCCUGCAGCCAGUUGGUAGUACCUCUCGAACCGCUUACAAAGUCGCAUGUCCCGCUGCCCAUUUCUUAGCAAAGAUCCGUGUUCAUCCGUCUUCUUGUUGUUUCUCGUCUGCAAACAUCAUUCACAUCCAAGGCACACACGGGGGUCAUCUCUAAAAGGUACAAGAAGAAGGAAUGGUGAGAUACCGCCCGGAAGCCGGUGAACGGGGCUACACAUUCCGAUUGGUGAACAGCAACGGCAACAACGGUGAUGUGAACGGCGGUAGCCCAACCGGAACUCUCAUAUCUGAUCACAGUGGUGCGUCGACUCUGGACAGCUCCGUCUACAAGGAAAGAAUCGACAGCUUGUUCCGGCAACAACAUCUCCGCCGCCACACGAGCGAGAACCACAAGACGCUCAUCGAGGAAGAAGAUGACGCGGCAGUGGAUGAACCAACCAUGGAACAUUUGCAACUGCAUUUCCAAAAGGUUUUGGCCGAACAACGCGGAAGCGUCACAUCACCUGUUCCAGCCACUCCGGCCUCCAAAAAUAAUUCGACGACGUACAUUCAAGUCAACAAUCAGGUAAAUCACACGUUGAUGCGUGAUUCAACACCUGAGAGUCGAGCCCAGCGUUUCAACGAGGCCCGCACAGCCGUUCAAGCGCAAAUUGAGAAGAUGUUCCAAGAUGCAUCAACAAAUAGCAACGGCCAGCAAUCGAACAAAACGGCGAUGAACCAUCACGUCUCAACGUCGUCACCAUCGACCGUGAAUGAUCCGAGCUCGUCCGUUAUCAACAUAACGAAUCAUAAAGCGGUGAUCAAUGUCCGUUCCGACUACCCGUUACCUACUCAAAAAGCAGUGCAUAACAAGCAAAAUGUUCCUCUUCCACCGAUUCCGGCCGUGCCACCACCGUCGCCGCCUUCCUCAUCAUCAAUGACCAAUACCAAUCAGUACAAAGUUGAUUAUCUUGGCUCGUUAUCCCUUCCAGGCCGAGCUACAAGCCUGGAGUCGCUCCAGUUUCCAUUGAAAGAGCUUUAUAGCCAAUAUCGGCAGCAUGAAAAUGCGAACAGGAAUAAAAUCUACCGCGGUACAAUGGAAAUUUCUCCAGCCGGUUUGAAAAUCCAAUACUAUUUGUCAGACAAUCGUAGACCCUCUGUUCCUAAGGAGAUCUUAAACCCAUUUCCCACUAUUGCCGUUUGGGCGGCCGUCAAGUUUGUGGCACGUUCCGAGCCCGGCGGGCGAAAGUUUGCCUUUUUGCCGCUCAUUUGCGAUCCGGAGAAUCAGGACAAACAGAAUCUUUUCCACCCGCUGAGCCCGGCUGAUGACGGAGAAUGGGUGACUUCACCCACCUUCCACCCGCCAUUGUUUACCUGCGUCAUGCGCAACACGCAGGCUCCAAAGAACUUGGAAUGUCACGCAUUCGUUUGCGACAAUCCCGAAGACGCCAUUGUUAUUGCAGCUAAUCUCUACCAGGCCCUGCUGCGCAAUAUGAAAAACAAUGAAUCAUCGCAACAGCAGCAACAACCACCGCAACAACAGGCACCACCACCUCCGCCGACAUCUGCUACUCCCGUUAACAAAAUUGCUCAACCCAUCUACUCGCCCUCGACCAGUGUCUCUAAUUGGAGCGAGAGUUCAGUCACUUCAAGUUUCACGCAGCCCGUUCGCCCGCCGCGACGCAAGAAAUCCUCAAAGCCUCUUGAUGGAGGCCUUGAAAGACGGAAGAGUAUCCGACGAAGUCAAAAUAAAACGAGAUCUUCGCAAGGCAAAGCAAAUUUACGUCGCAGUAUGCGUAACGCUAGCCAACGGAGUAACACCGGCCGUGUUGUUGUUAAACGUAGCGUGUCUGAGCGACAUUUGGGCGAGGUAUUAACGUCAGAUGGGUUGGACGGGCCGGAUCACGGUAACAAUGGAGACAUACUCACCAAAGUAGCCAUUCCGCGAAGCAAGAGUUUCAUGACCGUUCCACAACAAAAUUACUCCUUUUCCGAACUUUUUGAAGAAUUAAAGAAACAUGAAGGUGUUCGGAGUGUAGACGAUGUCCUGAAAACAAUAGUCAAUAAAGACCGAAUGUCUUUCAAUGAUUUGACGCCGGCCUACAAAGAGAUGCUGAUGAAACUAGCCUUGACACUGAGCAAGGACGAGAUGUUCCAGCGCUCCAAGAACAUAAUGAGGCACCAGACGAGUAAUCUGAGCAAAACCAAGUCGAAAGCCAAAGCAGAUAUCACCAGAAACGGGACCAAUAAAUCGGCCGGACGGGAUUCGGACGCUGAGCACAGUACCAGUUCUUCACGCAUCAGUAGCGUCUUGAGAGCCACCAAAAAGUCUUUCUCGAAAUGGGGCGCUGCCCGCUCCGCAUCCACCGGUUACUCUGUUACCAAGGAAGAGAAACAAGCAUCCGAGCCUCAGCUAAUUAAGAACAUUAAAAUUAUUAAGAGCCCGGAGCCCUCCAUUGUUUCCGUGGCUCCAUUGGUUUUCCCAACCAAGCAUUUCAAUCCCAAGACGCCGUUGCCACCGAGGUCUGUUGUCGCCAACAACAAGAACAGCAUCGUCAACAAAGCGCCUGAUUACAGUGCAUCCUGUUCUGAAUGCGGCUAUGACAGUGAAUCGUGUUCACAUAAAUGCUAUUGUUCAUUCAACGAAACACAGUCGCAAGACACCACUGAUUACAGCGACGCUGAACGAUGUUACUGCUCGUUAAAGAGAAUCAGCAAGUCGAGCGGGGCUCCAGUUUAUCGCAUCCGUCUCGACUCUGAUGACACAGACACAAGCCACGACAGUUUGCCCGAACCGGCCGUCAGACAUCCACCUCACAUUAAGCCUACAAAGAAUCGUCCGAAUUAUGCAAGAAAAUCGGCUAGUAUGACGUCCUGGUCUGCUUUAUCCGGAGCCGAGUCUCCAUUAACUGCCUGGCGAAGAAAUACGGCUAAUUUGCAACAUUCCGCUCCAGCAACGACAACUAAGCCUUCCGCGCCAUCUACCCGCUUUACGUUGUCCAGCGCAUCUUCUUUGAGGCAAAAGAGUUUAAGCUCUUAUUUAAGUGACACGUCAUUAGAUUCGGAUGUGGUAGCCAUGACUGAGCCGGCCCACAAGUCGGCUAACGGCAAAAGUUCGUUCGCUAAACAGCCAGAGAUUUUACGCAGGAAAAGCCGUAGUUCGUAUUUAUCAAGCGAGACGGAAAUGGAUUCGACGAGUUGCAACAGUUUCGUCCGCGGUCCAGUUUCGAUUUCCAGCCAACAGCAACGACAGCAGCGUAAAACCAGCCCAGCGGAAUCGGUCGGAUACCAAAGUUAUGAUUCGACGGGCAGCAGCGGACGGACAUCGAGGAAUUUCAGCUUGGAAAAUCUGAGUUCCGUUAGCGAGGGCCGGAGGAAUUCGAAUUCCUCUAGCGAUAGAUCACUAAAGUCACAAAACUCGUUUCGUGGCAAUAAAUUUCUGAUGGUGUCGGCAGUGGACCCCAAGGGCAAGGUUGUUUACCGAGGAACCUCAUCAGCUGGAUCGACUCAUCACAGUCAACACCACCAUCGUUCCAUCACGAAGGCGGUGCCAGAAGGUGCGCUUUCGGCUAAGAAGACGACCGAAAUAGCGGCCAUGUUUUCCAACAUCAAGCUCAACCAAACCACGGAUAUUGUCAUUGAUGACAGUGAGGCAACCGAAGACACGGCGUCUGAGCUUUCCACUGAUGAUGCUUACAGCUCGAUGCAUUUUCGAGGCGCAAACCGGAACAAUAAGAAUGGUUUCUCGAAGCGAAGUGAAUUAGAAAAUUCCUUGGGAUACCUUCCAUAACAAGUUUCCCACAAACACCUUUCUCUUUCUUUUGUUGCUAAAUGCUUAACCCUAAGCUAAGAUAUUAACCCUUCCUCUCUUUAUAAAAAAGAAAAAAAAAAUACGAUAAUAAAAAGGGAAUGGUGUUUUACAGAACGGGGCCUCCCGCAUCUCUACGGCCAGGUAUAGAGACGUCGAUGAGGAGCGGUUUAAUUAAUUUAUAUAAGAUUCGUGAAAAAAAAAACCUCUUAAAACUUUUUAACUAUAGCAAUUAAGAAAGUUAUAUGAAAUGUACAGUCUUAACCUAUGUUUCAAAACUCAAUAAAAUAACAAGAUAAA